AGUUGCAGUCUUUUCGAAUGUCUUUAACCAUAGUCGUCGAAACACAUUUACGCCCCCACCCCCGGGCUUAAAAUUAAAAAGUACCAAAAAAACACUGAGCGCCCCUGGACUUGGGUGUCCCCCUCUGUUUUCUUUCUCUUCGUCGAAAGUUUUGUCCUGACUGCAGAAUCUUAUAAUGCCGCAACUGAGCACCAUGCACUGAUAUAGCACUGUUCGCUAUCACUGCAACGAUAAGUUGGGUCGGCGAUAAAUUAAAGCAAAUAAUUAUCAUUGUCCCCCUCAGAAAAAGCCAGACAGUAUAUACAAUAAACCACGCACGUACAGGCGCAUUACCAAGCAACAGGCGAUGAUUGUGUGACUAUAUCAAUAAUAUUGUUGGGUCAACUACAAAAAACGAGAGGGCGGGCACUCGUCAGUAUAUAUCGUACAUGUAGUAGGCCUACUAUGAUUUGCUAUAGUAAACGCUGCAAAUUUAGAUUAUGUGCAGAUUACAUUAUAAUAUAUUCCUGGGAAUAUUAUUUAGACCUAUAGUCGUGAUGUAUGGCGGUUGCAUUCUAGCCAUAUGGCGAUCGGCAUUUUGAAAUGGCGACGGCAGGACGUAGUGUUAGUGUUGAUACUGACAAAGAUACAAAUCAUGUAAAUCAAAAUCCGAGGAGGGCGUCGCAAGAUGAUGAGGCAACGCGGAGUGAUGAAGGGCAAGAGACUAUUACUGACUCCUCUGUGGCUGUUAGUAGACCAAAACAGCAAACCGAAGACGUAAUUGUCAAGGAGGAUGGUCGUAAGAAUUCGGGCAAGAACGCUACAAAUACUAGUUCGACACUCUCUGAAGACUCCAAGAAUAUUGUGACGUAUGAUAACGUGUUGUUGAACUCCAACGCCAACCACAACAGCAAUACUGCCUCUAGCACAAAGCACACACGUCAGCCACCGUCUAGGCCGAGGGAGACCAAGGCUUCCCAACUACGUAUCCAGUCACAUUCUGUCACAGAGAUGAAUCCUUCUGACAAAUCGAAUGUCAAACGACAAAAUAGCUUGAAAAGUGAAAAGCCACCAAGCCCAGGAUCCUUGCCGGUCAAGCACGCGCUGCGCUCCCAGAGCACAAGCAGUGAGGACAGCUUUGAACGAGACAAGAUGGAAUCAGUUCUGCCACAAAAUCUAAAUAAGGGAAAAGCUGUAAGUCAUGAUUGUGUCUCGCCUUACGGACCGGCAACAGAGAAAUAUUUAACACCACUUCAGCAAAAAGAAAGGCACAACAAGGAUCUGAGCAUGCAAAUAUCCAAACUGGAGCGGACUUUAUUGAGUCAAGACGACAGGAUCAGGCAGUUUGAGGAGGAAAAACAGAGAGCGUUAGAAGACGUAGGAAAAGUCAAAGAUACAGAAAUGGGAAAACUACUCAUUGAAAUUAAGAAUCUACAGAUUCAUCUUGAAGAAAGCAAGAAUUCAAUAAGCGAAAUAUCAGGCUUACUGAGUGAUGAAAAGAAGAUGACUGCCUCGUUGAAGGAGCAGAUGACUACGAUGCAACGAGAACAGGAGGAAAGGGAAGCAGUUCAUCAAACACGAUACCUGGACAUGUAUCAGAAGGGGCGUGAAGCGCAGCUAAUCGACCAAGAGGAGGAUCUUAUCUGCAUGGCAAUCGCUACAGCUCCGGCAGGAGAUGGACAGAACCGCCAUCUUGUCAAGAAAUUGGAACGAACUGAGCAGGAGCUGGAAAAACUACGCCAAACAUUCCGCGAAGAUGUGUAUCAUAAGACGCCUCAGUUAGAUACGGAUUCAGCAGCACAGGUGGAGAUUUUGAAGAGUGCGGUGUACUACUAUCUUACUGACACACAGCCUGAGGUGAAUCUGAGCGUCAUGUUGUCCAUGCUGAACUACAGUGACGUCCAAAGGAAGAACAUCAAAAGUCACAUCAACAAAAAAUCAAAAUAAUUCGCAUAUGAUUAGGGCUUUAAGUAGGGCAGAUCAAAACUUAAACCUCUUGUACAAACAAAGCUUGUAUUGUAUUAACAAACUGUAUAUGUCCAAAUCCUUAAGUUUUAGACAAUCUAUUUGUGUGUGUUUUUUUAUAUAAUUUGCAGUAGAAAUUAAACCCAAAUGAUCUGCACAUUAAUGCGUAAUGUGGCAGAUUCUGAAAUUUACAAAUAUGUAUAUUAUCUUUUUCUCUAGCGGAAUUGAAGGCAAAAUGAAAUGAAUUUGAAGUUUUCCUAAAAUUCAACCCCCAAAUCGCUGCACAUUAACCCCCUUUCCAGCAGUGUUUAAGUUCACCUUAAUUAUUUCGCAUGAAAGAUUCGUAUCUCGUGCUCUUCCCCCCAAAAAAGGUUUUUAUUCUCCCAACUAAUUUUUAAAUUCUCUGUUUUCUUUUAACGAUUUGUUUUUUCGAUUUUGGGCAUUUGCAAACCUCUGAUAAAGGAGGCUUUCAUUGUGCGCACAAAUAACACCGCCCUGCGAGAGCCGAAUUAUUGCCUUGCCGCAAAUAAUUCGAAUUUUGUACAGAAAUAAUUAAAUAUCUUAACGUCGGUGGAUUUUGUCAUUCUAUGUCUCAUUAGAAAAGUGAAUAACUUUUAUAUUGCUGUAGGAAAAUAGAAAUUGAAAAAUAUAUAUACAUGUAUAUAUUCGGGGUGAAAGUCGAAAUAGCACGGAGAAUGCAUCUUUCAAUGUUUUUCUCUCUCUCCGUGUAUCGCUACGUGUACUGUUGUACAUGGAUAACACUUCAUGCAUUACAAGCCGUAACAUGUGUGCAACUUAAUUAGUUGGGAAACCUAUUUUAUGUUGUUUGGUUUCUUUUUUCGUUUACUGUUUAAUAUACAUGUACUCAUGCGCGAACUAAAUUGGUUUAAUUUCGUCUGUUAUGCAAAUUGAUUGAAGUUGAUAGAAAAGAUUAUGUUAGCCACAGCUGCCGUGGUGGAUUAUCGAUUGUGAAUACUAUACGGAUUGUAAUGGAUGCGAAUUAAGAAAAUGUGGAGAGAAAAAACCUACAUGCGAAAUAAAAUCAUAUACAUGUACUCUUCAAAUUCUUUAUACUGCAUGAUAAUGAUGUAAUAAACAUGACACGUUAUCUUUCAACGAGGA